AUGAGAGGACAGAGGACAGCAUCAGAGGACAGAGGACAGCAUCAGAGGACAGCAUCAGAGGACAGAGGACAGCAUCAGAGGACAGAAAACAGCAUCAGAGGACAACAUGAGAGGACAGAGGACAGCAUCAGAAGACAGAGGACAGCAUCAGAGGACAGAGGACAACAUGAAAGGACAGCAUCAGAGGACAGAGGACAACAUGAGAGGACAGCAUCAGAGGACAGAGGACAACAUCAGAGGACAGAGGACAGCAUCAGAAGACAGAGGAUAGCAUCAGAGGACAGAGGACAGCAUCAGAGGACAGAGGACAGCAUCAGAGGACAGAGGACAGCAUCAGAGGACAGAGGACAGCAUCAGAGGACAGAGGACAGCAUCAGAGGACAGAGGACAGCAUCAGAGGACAGAGGACAGCAUCAGAGGACAGAGGACAGCAUGAGAGGACAGAGGACAGCAUCAGAGGACAGAGGACAGCAUCAGAGGACAGAGAACAGCAUCAGAGGACAGAGGAUAGCAUCAGAGGACAGAGGACAACAUCAGAGGACAGAGGACAACAUGAGAGGACAGAGGACAACAUGA